UGUUCGGAAACGCACGCCCAACCUCUUCUCUCUAUACUCUAUAGUGCACAUAUUUCUCUCGUGUGCAUUAUACAUUCUUCUUCGUUUGAAAAACUGCUAUAUAGUAUAAUUUGAUCAAUGGCUCAUAAGUUGAACUUCAUUAGAGAUGGAAUGACCAAACUGCCACCUGGCUUUCGUUUCCAACCAACUGAUGAAGAGCUCGUGUUUGAGUACCUCAAACGUAAGGUCCUUUCAUGGCCUUUGCCUGCUUCUGUCAUCCCUGAUCUCAAUGUCUACAGUUUCGACCCUUGGGACUUGCCCGGUGAUGUGGAGCAGGAGAGGUAUUUCUUCUGCAAGAAUGAAGCCAAUAAUUAUCCAAAUGGAAAUAGAAUUAAUUACAGACCAACUGCUUCUGGAUAUUGGAAACCCACUGGUGUAGAGAAACAAAUAAUAAGCUGUUCUUCAAGCAGGAACCAUGCACUAGGGUUUAAAAAAACACUCAUAUUUUAUAAACCUAAACCUCCCCAUGCAUCUUCUAGGACUCACUGGGUCAUGCAUGAAUAUCGACUCGUUACUCUUGGAAAUAAUAUUCUUCCCAAUUUUUCACUGCCAGACAACUCAGCCCAGAAUUGUUUUAAUCCACUGGAGAACUGGGUUCUGUGUAAAGUUUUUUUCAACAAUACUGUAAACGAUGCGGUGACGAAUGAGUUUGAAAGUUUUGGUUUUACCAAUAACGUAUAUUGGGAUUCUAUUUCGUCGUGUUCUUCUUCAUCUUCGAGCUCUAGUGACAUGACUGAGGUUUCUUCGAGCGGAGAAGAUGAUGAACAAAGUAGUAGCUGCAGCCGCAAUUUCAUUUGAAGUUCAAAUGAUUUUUUUUUUUGCGGCAAACUGAUCUAAUAUUUUAUUUUAAUUAUUUCAUGUUCAUUAGUUGCGUGUAUCUCAAGAAAAUGUAAAAUAUUUUAUCAUAUAAUGGAGAACUAUUAUUAUUUGCAAGAAUCA